GUUCACCUUUGAGUCACUGAUUUUUGCGACAGCCGUAAUCCGACACUAAGCAUCAAGAUGGCGUCAGGCAGCGGGGUGAGUCUUUUCUGAUUUUGUAGUUCAAAAUAAAAGAAUAAAAACCUUUAACUGAGUGAUUUUAAUGUUUUAAAAUGUUUUAAAAGGUUUGAGAGUUUAUAAGAGUCACUCCGAGCUCAAAGGGACCGGAUGUAAAGGUUUUAAAACCGUGUUAGCGGAAGUCAGCUGGUAACAACAGUUAGCAUGCUAACAACAGUUAGCGGGCUAACGAUCAAAACAAACAAGAUAAACAAAACAAACGGAAUUAACGAUCUUUUUUUCACUAAAAGACGUUUUUAUUUUACCGCGAAAUUCACCGAGUUUAUCACAUCAACUCGUGUUUUCAUUCACGUCCGCUGCCUCAUCAAACGGAGGGAGAGCUUCCGGUUAGCAUCCUCAACGUUAGCAGACUGUCAAAAUAAAAGCAUAAAAAUAAAAGGCUUAUUAUAUUGGAGAGACAAGACUGUCAAAAUAAAAUGUUUCUAAAAUUUAUGUCGUCUUCUCUUUCUUCUUCUUCUUCUUCUCUUUCUUCUCUUCUUCUUCUUCUUCUUCUUCUUCUUCUUCUUCUCUUUCUUCUCUUCUUCUUCUUCUUCUUCUUCUUCUUCUUCUUCUCGCGUUCCAGUCCAGUAAAAACGACUUCCGCAGGAAGUGGGACAAAGAGGAGUACGAGAACCUCGCUCAGAAACGAUUGGCCGAGGAGAGAGACCGCGAGAGGAGAGAUGGUGAGGAGGAGGAGAAACGUGGCGUAAAAACAUGUUUGUUAUUCUGUUAGUGAGGAGGAGGAGGAGAGAGGAGGUGAGGGAGGAAGAGGAGAGGAGGAGAGAAGGAGGAACCUUCAGGAAAAGAGACAGGAAGUUUAGGAGGGGUUGAGAAGACGAAUGUCGUCAAUCUGCGAGUUUUUUUAAGAGAAGAAGAAACUUUGAGGGUCUGUUUUCAGGACGCCUCCUGACCCUGUCCCCUCUGAGGACUGGGUUCAGGUUCUGGUAGAACCGGGUCUCAUGUUUCUGUCUCUGUCUCUCAGGGAAAACGGCGCCCCCCGUCAAGCGGGACCUCCUGCGUCACCGAGACUACAAGGUGGACCUGGAGUCCAAACUGGGAAAGACCAUCGUCAUCACAAAGACCACCCCUCAGGCCGAGAUGGGCGGGUACGACAGAACCCAGGGUCACAUGACCCCGCUGUCACAUGACCUAAGGUCCCAGAAGGUUACUAAGUCAGCUGCUGUCCUCUGAUUGGCCGUCUUCUCUUCUUCUUCUUCUGCAGAUAUUACUGUAACGUCUGUGACUGUGUCGUCAAAGACUCCAUCAACUUCCUGGAUCACAUCAACGGGAAAAAACGUGAGUUUGUGACCUUCAAAAACGACCACGGCGAGCUCUACGACCACGGUUAACUAACUGUGUGUGUGUGUGUGUGUGUGUGUGUGUGUGUGUGUGUGUGUGUGUGUGUGUGUGUUCCUGAGAGCAGACCAGAGGAACCUGGGCAUGUCGAUGAGGGUGGAGCGCUCGUCUCUGGAUCAGGUGAAGAAACGAUUCGAGGUGAACAAGAAGAAGAUGGAGGAGAAACAGAAGGAGUACGACUUCGAGGAGAGGAUGAAGGAGCUGAGGGAGGAGGUGAGGAGGAGGAGGAGGAGGAGGAGGAAGAGGAGAGGAUGAAGGAGCUGAGGGAGGAGGUGAGGAGGAGGAGGAGGUGGAGGAGGAGGAGGAGGAGGAGGUGAAGGAGGAGGAAGGAGCUGAGGGAGGAGGUGAGGAGGAGGAGGAGGAGGAGAGGAGGAGGAAGAGGAGAGGAUGAAGGAGCUGAGGGAGGAGGAGGAGGAGAAGGAGGAGGAGGAGGAGGAGGAAGAGGAGAGGACGAAGGAGCUGAGGGAGGAGGAGGAGGAGGAGGAGGUGAAGGAGGAGGAGUUAAGGGAGGAGGAAGGAGCUGAGGGAGGAGGAGGAAGAGAGGAGGAGGAGAGGAGAAGAUGAAGGAGCUGAGGGAGGAGGAGGAGGAGAGGAGGAGGAAGAGGUAAAGGAGGAGGAGGAGAGGAGAGGAUGAAGGAGCUGAGGGAGGAGGAGAGGAGGAAGAGGUAAAGGAGGAGAGGAAGAGGAGAGGAGGAGAGGAGAAGAUGAAGGAGCUGAGGGAGGAGGAAGAGGUGAAGGAGGAAGGAGCUGAGGGAGGAGGAAGAGGUGAAGGAGGAGGAAGUUAAAGUUGUUGACUCUGAUCUGUUUGUGUUUCCAUGACGACGAGGGGACACUCUUUAAUACCUCUGAUAUAACCUGUGUGUGUGUGUGUGUGCGUGCGUGUGUGUGUCUCAGGAGGAGAAGGCGAAGGCCUAUAAGAAGGAGAAGCAGAAGGAGAGGAAGCGGCGUGCGGAGGACGACGUGGACUUUGAGGAGGACGAUGAGAUGGCGGCGGUGAUGGGGUUCUCGGGUUUCGGGUCGUCAAAGAAAAGUCACUGAUGAAGAUCUGGAUCUGGAGGACCUCCACCAAUCAGGAGGGGAGGGUGGUUGAAGCUCCGCCCCCCUCUAAUUAGAGGGACACUGAGACUGAGGAAGGAGGAGACGGUUCUGGUUCAGACUCGAACCCUCCAGUCUACAUUUGAUCCAGAACCAGGCUUUUAUUUUGGUAACCAGGCUUUUAUUUUGGUAGUUUGAUGUUUGGUGCUGUCAGCUCUGGGUGGAUCCCAGAAGGUCAAAGGUCAGACAGGAUCCAGGGAUCAGCUGUUUCCUGUCUAAGGUAAAAGGAGGGACCGGUUUCUGAGCGCGGUUCAGUUUGGGGGGUCUGAAGGAAAAACCAAAACCUGGUCUGGACUCUGAAAGUCUAAAAAACCUCUGAGUGUUUUUUUUUUUUUUUUUUUAAUGAUUCAAAAUAAUAAAACUUUGUUUAAAACUCACUGAGUGUGUGUGUGUGUGUGUGUGUGUGUGUGUGUGUGUGUGUGUGUGUGUGAGUGUGUGUGUGUGUGAGUGUGUGUAUGUGUGUGUAUGUGUGAGAGUGUGUGUGUGUGUGUGUGUGUGUGAGAGUGUGUGUGUAUGUGAGUGUGUGUAUGUGUGUGUAUGUGUGAGAGUGUGUGAGUGUGUGUGUGUGUGAGUGUGUGUGUGUGUGAGUGUAUGUGUGAGAGUGUGUGUGUGUGUGUGUGAGAGUGUAUGUGUCUGUGUGUGAGUGUGUGUAUGUGUGAGUGAGAGUGUGUGAGUGUGUGUGUGAGAGUGUGUGAGUGUGUAUGUGUGUGUGUUUGUUUGUGUACGAAGUUUGAAGAAGAUCGUCGUAGAAACCAAAGUUGUGUGAGAAAUAAACUGAGGAGUAAAGAAUCAAAACUGUGAACAAAAGUAUUUGUGCAGCAUUUAGACUGAGUCUAAUCUGAGGAUUAAUUAAUCUGAAGAUUAUUUAAUCUGUACUUUAAUAUUUAUAGUUUAGUUCAUUUAAAGUUUAAUAUCUGAAGUUUUAUUCAUCUGUAGAUUAC